ACAGAGUAGACAUGGUGAAUAUCGCUCAAGACUCUCGGAUCAAAUGGAGGCUUGCUUGACGAAAUGCUGGCAUGGGAAUAGUAUCUUGAGAGCCCUUAAACCUGAUAAUUUGAAGCUCUCAAACACCCACCUUCGUUUCUCUUCCAACGCCAUCAACGCUGGACAAGGAAGGGCAGUUAGGAGGGCUUAUGAUGCACUGUUGUUGGAUGCUGGAGGUACCCUUUUGCAAUUGUCAAAACCCGUUGAAGAAACAUACGCCUCCAUUGCCACCAAAUACGGACUAAGGUUGAGUCCAGCUGAGAUUAAGCAAGGUUUUAAGAGAGCAUUUGCAGCUCCAUGGCCUGAAAAGCUCCGUUACCAGGGGGAUGGGAGGACAUUUUGGAGACUUGUUGUCUCUGAAGCCACUGGUUGUGCCAACAAUGAUUAUUUUGAAGAAGUCUAUGAGUACUAUGCAGAAGGUGAUGCAUGGCAUCUUCCUGAUGGGGCUUACGAAACAAUAUUGCUCCUCAGAGAUGCUGGAGUCAAGGUGGCUGUCGUGUCCAAUUUUGACACUCGCUUGAGGAAGCUAUUGAGGGACCUUAACAUUGUAGAUCUGUUUGAUUCUGUUAUUAUAUCUUCAGAGGUUGGAUAUGAAAAACCAGAUGCGAGAAUAUUUAAAGCUGCUUUAGAUCAAAUUGGCGUGGAGCCUGGGAAGGCAGUACACGUUGGCGAUGAUGAAAAUGCUGAUAAGCUUGGGGCCAAUGGCGUCGGGAUUGAUUGCUGGUUAUGGGGAAAAGAUGUGAAGACAUUCUUACAGAUACAAAGUCGCCUCCUCAUCUCAGAAUCCAAAACAUAGUUUCAAAGAAAUCAGGGUUCUGGUUUGUUCACCACAUAUAAUGAGUACCGAUUGAGCGGCCUCCUGAUGUGUAGCAGAUCCUAUGUUUAGUGAAAAGUUCAAACUUGACCAAAGUGUUGGAUUUGCAGGAGGGUCCGAGUUUUUUGUGUGUAUUUUGUUAUUAGCAAAAGAACACUGCAGCAACCAAAAUAUAUAUAUAUAAAUCACAACCCAACGGCAUUUUAUCCUCCUGAUAUCAUGUCAAGUAAGAAUAGUUUUCGAAGUACAAUCCAAUUCUCAAUCC